AUGAUGUUGACUACAAGAUUACUAUUGGUUUAUCAGGUUCUUGUUUUUUGCACAACCGCUAUGGUCACAAGACUUGUUGCUGAUCUCCUUGGGGAGUUGAACUUGAAUGUGAGAGAAAUCCAUUCAAGAAAGCCUCAGAGUUAUAGAACCAGAGUUUCUGAUGAAUUCCGGAAGUCAAAGGGUCUCAUCUUGGUUACUUCGGAUGUAUCUGCACGUGGAGUUGAUUAUCCAGAUGUUACUCUUGUUGUACAGGUUGGUCUACCGGCUGAUAGAGAACAAUAUAUACAUCGACUAGGUAGAACGAGGCGAAGAGGAAAAGAAGGGCAGGGCAUACUGCUACUAGCUCCUUGGGAAGAGUUCUUUUUAGCUACUGCAAAAGAUUUACCUAUUGGGAAAGCUCCGGUCCCUUCAGUUGAUCCUGACACUAAGAAAAAGGUGGAAAGGGCUCUAUCCAAUGUGGAGAUGAAAAAUAAAGAAGCAGCAAAUCAGGCAUGGCUUGGUUACUACAACUCUAACAAGAAAGUGGGGAAAGAUAAGUAUAGGUUAGUGGAGCUUGCAAAUGAGUUCAGUCGAUGCAUGGGGCUUGAUAGCCCUCCAGCUAUUCCUAAGCUUGUCCUUGGCAAGAUGGGUCUUAAAAAUAUCCCUGGUUUACGUUCCAAAUAG